AUGGCUGCCUUUCCCCACAAAAUCCUCUUUUUCCUGAUAUGCUCUACUUUGGCACAUACUGUUUUCUCAGGAAUUUUCAAACCAUAUGAUAAAUCCAAAUAUCCUAAGCCUCAAUGUAAAAUGUAUUACCCAGUGGAUUCUAUUUAUGAUUUGGACUGUCCUGAUGUAACACAAUAUAUUUGUGCUACAAAUGGCCACACUUACCAGAAUGAGUGCUUCUUUUGUAUGGAUCAGUGGGAAUUUGGCUCUUCUAUUAAGUUUGAAAAACAUGGAAAAUGUGAUUAA